AUGGCCACGGUGCAGGGCCAUCCUGAUGACCACAGGGCACAAGCAAGGCACAGAGACGUCCUGAUGACCACGGGGCACGGCCGCAGUGUGGGGGACGUCCUGAUGGUCAUGGGGCAUGGGAACGGUAACUCCUCACCCUUGGGCACCGCCGGGCCAGGUUCUCACAUCUUCCAGUACACCUACGGGUGCGAGGUGGGGCCCGAGGGGUCGGGGGGCGCCUUCCGGCGCCUGGCCUUCAACGGGCGCGACUUCCUGAGCUUCGACGUGGCGCGGCAGCGCUGGGACGCGCUGGUCCCCGAGGCCGGGGCCACCCAGCGCCUCUGGAACGGCGCCGUUCUGGCCCUGCCCUACUACAGCAACUUCGCCGCCCCACCCACGCUCACCCCACUGUGGCUGGCCCGGCGGGUGCAGGAGUCGCUGGCCCGGGCCAACGAGGUGGCCCUGGAGACCUUCCAGGCCAUGGCCACCGUGCGCAGCUUCGCCAACGAGGACGGGGCGGCCGGGUGCUACCGGCGCCGCCUCCAUGACACCUACCGGCUCCACAAGCAGGAGGCCAUCGCCUACGCCGCCUCCACCUGGACCAGCAGCGUACGGGAUGCGGGAACGUGGUGGCACUGGGGACGCGGUGGCACUGCGGAUGUGGUGGCACUGGGGCUCCAGGGCACACGACAGCACGGGGGCUGCAGGACAUGGGGGACGAGGUGGCACUGGGGACAUCACAACAUGGGGCUGUGGGACACGGGGGACGCAACGGCACUGGGGACAUGACGGCACGAGGGCUCCGGGAUGCAGGGGACGCAGUGGCACUGGGGAUGCGAUGGCACAGGGAUUCUGGGAUGUGGGGGACGUGAUGGCGCUGGGGACGCGAUGGCACGGGGGCUGCAGGGUGUAGAGGACACGAUGGCCUGGGGGUGCCGGGAUGCAGGGGAUGUGAUGGCCCAGGGGCUGCAGGACAUGGGGGACACGGUGGCACUGGGGACACGAUGGUGUUGGUGACACAACAGCAUAGGGGCUCUGGGAUGUGGGGGAUGCGAUGAUCCUGGGGACGCAAUGGCCCCGGGGGAUGUGACAACAUGAGGCCUCCAGGACGUUGGGGACAUGAUGGCACGGAGGCUGUGGGGAGGCGGCAGCAGGGCUGGGAACGCAGUGUCACCUCCAAGGGGUGACAGUGGU